GSAAGUUUGAGUAGUUUGGAGAAGCUAAAUCUCUCUCACAAUCAACUAUCUGGCUCUAUCCCAAAGUCCAUGGAAGCAAUGAACGCUUUGUGGAGCAUUGACAUAUCCUACAAUCGCUUGCAAGGUCCCAUUCCUAAUAGCAAAGGCUUUWUGAAUAUUUCGCUACAAGGCUUACAAGGGAACCAAGGUUUAUGUGGUAACAUUACSGGKUUACAACAAUGCGACAAUGAUUUGAUAGCGGAAGGGCGUAAUACAAGAAAGGGCCGGAAACUUGCACUCAUUGUUUCACUUCCUCUUCUCGGAGCACUUUUACUUGGUAUAUUCGUUGGAAUGGUCAUCUAUUCUCAUCGAAGRAAGAGRAUGUCAUCGAAAAACCAACGGGUAGAGGAGCAUGACAUGGAAUUCUUUUCCAUAUGGGCUUUCAAUGGAAAGGGAAAAUAUGAUGAAAUCCUAAAGGUGACACAAGAGUUCAAUGAAGCAUUUUGUAUUGGAAAGGGGAGAUGUGGAAGUGUGUACAAAGCAAAGUUGGCAUCAAACGAGACCGUUGCUGUAAAGAAACUUCAUUCAUCAGCCGAUAUGGUUGAUCGCGAUAGUUUUCUAAACGAGGUGAAGGCGUUGACUGAAAUAAGGCACCGGAACAUUGUGAAGCUGUACGGGUAUUGUUCACAUAAAAGACACUCAUUUUUAGUUUAUGAGUACCUAGAAAGAGGUAAUCUAUUCGAAAUCUUGAGAAACGAAGUUGCAAGAACAUUGGAUUGGACCAAGAGAGUGAAUAUAAUCAAAGGUGUGGCUCAUGCUUUAUCAUAUAUGCAUCAUGAUUGCUCAACCCCUAUAGUUCAUCGAGACAUAUCAAGCAAAAAYAUUCUCCUCGACUUAGACAACGAGGCUUGCAUUUCAGACUUCGGYACAUCCAAGAUUUUGUAUCCAAAUUCAUCGAACGAGAGUGCUCCUGCCGGAACAUUUGGAUACCUUGCACCAGAACUUGCUUAUACGAUGAAAGUGACUACAAAGUGUGACGUAUAUAGCUUCGGGGUACUUACGCUUGAAGUGAUCAAAGGCGAGCAUCCGGGUGAUAUCGUUACCUCUCUCUCAUAUGAGAAGAUGAAGUUAAAAGACUUUGUGGAUCAUCGUCUUUCCUCACCUUUGCUAGAAAUGAAGGAGGUGCUGAUAGCCAUUAUCAUGUUGGCAAUAGCAUGCUUGAAUGCCAACCCUGAAAAGAGGCCUACRAUGCAUGAUGUUUCCCAAAAGAUUUCAACAUAUUGUAAUUAA